AUGUCCUUCAUUAUCGAUCUCGUCGCCCGCCUCCCUCGGUCGGUGCAAGAAUGGAUCGUUGCUCCCACCUCAAUCCCAGAUGUGCACAACCACGCUUCAAAAGUCCAGCUGUCUCGACUCGGACACGUUUAUUUUGAACAUGCAAAUUUAAAAACAUUUGAAAAAUUCGCUGCCGAUUUCGGAUUGAUUGAAGAGAAACGGAUCGGAAAUACGAUUUAUUAUCGAGGAUACGGCAGAGACCCGUAUGUUUACGUUGCGUCACAGAGUGAAAACCGUCGUUCCAGGUUCCUCGGGGCAGCAUUUGUUGCGCGUGAUGAAGAAAAUUUCGAAAAAACGACUAGAAUCGAAAAUGCUAUCAUCAAGGACCUUAGCCACGCCCCUGGUGGAGGGCGUCUCGUUACGAUUCCCCGCCCCAAUGGGACUUUUAUGCAUGUCGUCCACGGUCAAAAGGAAAGAGAUAUAGAUGCAUCUCAAGAACCACCAUCAAAGAUAAUCGAGUCACAUGGACCAUUGAACGAACCGUUCAAGAAAGGCAGACUCGGCACAUUCCAACGCUUCAAACCGGCGCCUGCUCUUGUUCACAAACUAGGGCAUCUAGGAUACGUGUGCUGCGAGUUUGAAGAAGAACUUGACUUCUAUACUUCAAAUUUCAACUUUGUGCACUCAGAUAUACUGCGGCACGAUAAAUUUGAAUGGGUUGAUUUCAUGACUUUCAUGCACCUCGACUUGGGCGAGGAGUAUUCUGAUCACCAUUGCUUUUUCCUCGGUAGAGCGCCACCGGGAACGUCAAAGACGUAUCUUCACCAUGCUUCGUUCGAGGUCACAGACUUUGAUACCCAAUUAAUGGGUCAUCGGUGGCUGGAGGAACAGAAAUGGAAGCCUGUCUGGGGUGUUGGCAGGCACAUUCUAGGAAGUCAAAUAUUCGACUACUGGCUGGACUCGAGUGGAUUCAAGGUUGAGCAUUAUGCGGAUGGAGAUGUGGUCAACACUGAUUAUAAGAAUAUGCGCAGUGUAGGGGGGUCUCUGGCUAUAUGGGGACCAGAGAUUCCUAGUGACUUUGCAGCGAAUAAGGCUGGUUGA